AAGACAUCUAUGAAACUCUAAAAACUGUGUGUGAUUUGAGAAAAGCUUUCCUUAACAACGUUCCUUUGAAAUAGAUGGAGUUGCAUUGGAAACAUUUGACUUUACUUGGCACCAAUAAAAGCAACUUGUGAAGACAUGUCAUGCAAGACUGGAUUUCCUGAAGAUGUUCACAGUGCUGUUGUAUCAAGGAGUGUGCAUGGAGGACAACCUCUUCUCAAUGUGAGGUUUAGAAGCUGUGAUGGAAACAAAAAAAUACACUUUGGAAGCAGCGACCCAGAAGAUUUCAGGGUAGGUGAGGAUGGGGUGGUCUACGCCGGGAGAAGCUUCCAGCUCUCAGCAGAGCCCACGGAGUUCGUGGUGUCUGCUCAAGACGAGGACACCCGGGAAGAAUGGCAAAUGAGAGUGAAACUAACCCCGGAGCCUGCCAUCCCCGGACCUCCGGCAAAGGACUACAAGAAAAUGGAAGACAUCGUAUUUCCAUGGCAACAGUAUAAGCACAGCAGCCAUCUGAAGAGGCAGAAGAGGGACUGGGUUAUCCCACCCAUCAACUUGCCAGAAAAUUCCAGAGGGCCUUUUCCUCAAGAGCUCGUGCGGAUUAGGUCCGAUCGGGACAAAAGCCUUUCGCUGCGGUACAGUGUGACUGGCCCAGGAGCUGACCAGCCUCCCACGGGAAUCUUCAUCAUCAACCCCAUCUCGGGACAGCUGUCUGUGACGAAGCCUUUAGAUCGGGAGCAGAUCGCGUCCUUUCAUCUGAGGGCACACGCAGUGGAUGUAAAUGGAAACCAGGUGGAAAACCCUAUUGAUAUUGUCAUCAAUGUCAUUGAUAUGAAUGACAAUAGACCCGAAUUCUUACACCAGGUUUGGAAUGGGACAGUCCCUGAAGGAUCAAAGCCAGGAACCUAUGUGAUGACAGUUACUGCUAUAGAUGCUGACGACCCCAAUGCACAAAACGGGAUGCUGAGAUACAGGAUCUUGUCGCAGGCCCCCAGCAGCCCCUCGCCAAACAUGUUUACAAUCAACAACGAGACCGGUGACAUUAUCACCGUYGCGGCUGGCCUUGACAGAGAGAAAGUACAACAGUAUACAUUAAUAAUUCAAGCUACGGACAUGGAAGGAAACCCAACAUAUGGUCUUUCAAACACAGCAACUGCUGUCAUCACUGUGACAGAUGUCAAUGACAAUCCUCCAGAGUUCACUGCUAUGACUUUCUAUGGAGAAGUACCAGAAAACAGAGUGGAUGUCAUUGUAGCGAACCUAACUGUGACUGACAAGGAUCAGCCGCACACGCCGGCCUGGAACGCCAUGUACCGCAUCACGGGAGGAGAUCCGAGCGGGAGAUUCACUAUCCUGACCGAUCCCAACAGCAACGAUGGGUUGGUCACUGUUGUGAAGCCUAUUGACUUUGAGACCAACAGGAUGUUUGUGCUCACAGUAGCUGCGGAAAACCAAGUGCCUUUGGCUAAGGGGAUCCAGCAUCCUCCGCAGUCAACAGCGACCGUUUCUGUUACAGUCAUUGAUGUGAAUGAGAGUCCCUAUUUYGUUCCAAACCCUAAGCUUGUGCGCCAGGAAGAAGGACUGCUUGCUGGUAGCGUGCUAACAGCCUUCACUGCUCAAGACCCAGAUCGUUACAUGCAACAAACCUCCCUAAGGUACUCAAAACUUUAUGAUCCUGCAAACUGGCUGAAAAUUGACCCUGUUAAUGGGCAAAUAACUACAACUGCCGUUUUGGACAGAGAGUCAACAUAUGUGCAAAACAAUAUGUAUAAUGCAACUUUUCUUGCUACUGACAAUGGAAUUCCUCCAAUGAGCGGAACAGGCACACUUCAGAUCUACCUGCUUGACAUCAACGAUAACGCCCCUCAAGUGAAUCCAAAAGAAGCCACGACCUGUGAAACGCUGCAGCCCAGUGCCAUCAACAUCACUGCCGUGGACCCUGACAUUGAUCCAAACGCAGGCCCGUUCGCCUUCGAGCUGCCCGACACGCCUCCAAGCAUCAAGAGGAACUGGACCAUAGUUCGAAUUAGUGGUGAUCAUGCCCAACUUUCCUUAAGGAUCAGGUUCCUGGAGGCUGGUAUCUAYGAUGUGCCCAUAGUAAUCACAGAUUCUGGAAAUCCACAUGCAUCGAGCACAUCUGUUCUGAAAGUGAAAGUUUGCCAGUGUGACAUAAAUGGGGACUGCACUGACGUGGAUCGGAUCGUUGGCGCAGGACUGGGCACCGGGGCCAUCAUUGCAAUUCUGCUUUGUAUCAUCAUCUUGCUCAUUUUAGUUUUAAUGUUCGUGGUCUGGAUGAAACGCCGUGAUAAGGAGCGUCAAGCCAAGCAGCUCUUGAUUGAUCCAGAAGAUGAUGUAAGGGACAACAUUCUGAAAUACGACGAAGAAGGUGGUGGAGAAGAAGAUCAGGAUUAUGACUUGAGCCAGCUCCAGCAGCCUGACACUGUAGAACCGGACGCCAUCAAACCUGUUGGAAUCAGGAGGCUGGAUGAAAGGCCAAUCCAUGCAGAACCUCAGUAUCCAGUCAGAUCAGCUGCUCCUCAUCCUGGGGACAUUGGGGAUUUCAUUAAUGAGGGACUUAAAGCAGCCGACAAUGACCCCACAGCCCCGCCAUACGACUCCCUGUUAGUCUUCGACUACGAAGGAAGCGGCUCCACUGCGGGAUCCUUGAGCUCUCUUAACUCCUCAAGUAGUGGUGGUGAGCAAGACUAUGACUACCUAAAUGACUGGGGCCCACGCUUCAAGAAACUUGCUGAUAUGUACGGUGGAGGUGAUGACUGAACUUCAAAGCGAACUUUGUUUUUGGACAAGUACAAACAUUUCAACUGAUAUUCCCCAAAAGCAUACAGAAGCUAGGCUUUAACUUUGUAGUCUACUAGCACAAGUGCUUGCUGAAGGCUUUGGCAUAGGCUGCAAACCAAUUUGGGCUCCGUGGAAUAUCAGUGAUCCAAUGCUGUUUGGAGAAAAAAAAAAUAUUGAGCUCAGUUACACUUGAAUUUUACAGUACAGAAGCACUGGGAUUUUAUGUGCCUUUUUGUACCUUUUUCAGAUCGGAAUUAGUUUUAUGUUUAAGGCUUUAAUGGUACUGAUUUAUGAAAUGAUGCAUUAAAGAGACAAAAUAUGUUGGGGUGGGGAGGAGUAAGGUAAAUCACAAUAUGCUUCAACAUGCUUUUGUUACAUCACAUUGCUUUUAUUAAAAUAAGGAGAUGAAAAAUUAAAAAACCCUCAUGGAACAGUUUUAUUAUCUGGGAGAGAAGACCAUGAGGUUGAACAAUGUACAUUACUUCUAGUUUUAGAUGUUAGGGGAGGUGUUUUUUUUUUUUUUUCACUAAAAUUCUAAAACUUAUGCAGCUGGUUGCAAAUAAAGGGAGUUUUCAUAUCACCAGUUUGUAGCAGAAUUGAUUUUUUUUCAUAUGCUAGAAUGUUAGACACAUUUUGGUCUUAAUCCAUGUACACUUUUUUCUUUUUUUUAUUUUUUUUUAAUUUCUAGUACUUUUUUCCCACUUCACUGUAAAAAUGGUAUGUGUACAUAAUGUUUUAUUGGCAUAGUCUGUGGAGAAGUGCAUAAACUUCAGAACACGUGUAUGUAUUAUUUGGACUAUGGAUUCAGGUUUUUGCAUGUUUAUAUCUUUCGUUAUGGAUAAAGUAUUUACAAAACAGGUUGCAAACAAGUGACAUUGAUUCAAUUGUUGAGCUGUAGUUAGAGUACUCAAUAUUUUUUUUUAUUUUUAUUUUGGUU